AUGGAUAUUCCCAAGACAUUCAAGCAGGCCAUUUUCAAGGAGGUUGGUGCUCCUUUGGUCCUCGAAGAGGUACCAAUGACCCCUCCGGGAAAGGGGGAGGUUUUGGUGAAAGUACAGACAUGUGGAGUGUGUUACUCGGACACUGCUGUACAGAAAAAUGCUUUGGGAGGUGGGCUCCCAAGAGUGCCAGGACACGAAAUCAUCGGACACGUAGCUGCAGUCGGCGAAGGAGUGACACAAUGGAAAGUUGGUGAUCGAAUUGGAGGCGCAUGGCAUGGAGGUCAUGACGGUUAUUACCAAAUGUGUGAUAAUGCACUGGUCAACGGCGUGAACAAGGGGGGUGGCUAUGCUGAAUAUUGUUUGCUCCGUUCCGAGGCCGGCGUGCGAAUUCCACCAGAUGUUGAUGCAGCAAAAUUCGCCCCCAUACUAUGCGCCGGUGUGACUGUAUUCAACUCCAUGCGCAACAUGAACUUGAUACCCGGCUCUACAGUCGCUAUUCAGGGGCUUGGCGGCCUGGGCCAUCUAGCAAUUCAAUAUGCAAACAGGUUCGGGUAUCGGGUUGUAGCCUUGUCUAGGGGGUCUGAUAAGGAGAAGUUUGCAAGAGAUCUAGGCGCCCACAUAUAUAUAGACGGCAGCAAGGGUGAUGUCGGCGAGCAGUUGCAGAAACUCGGAGGAGUGGAUAUGAUCGUUUCGACAGCGCCGAGCAAAAACGCCGUGGAGCCACUUCUCAAGGGUUUGGGAAUGCUGGGCAAACUUCUCGUUCUAUCCGUCCCCGGGGAUAUUACUAUAAAUACUGGCCUCAUGGUACGCCGUGGUCUGUCGGUUCAGUGCUGGCCCAGUGGCCACGCCACAGACUCCGAAGAUGCCAUUGAAUUCGCAAAACUCGAGGGAAUCAAUUGCAUGGUGGAAACAUUCCCACUAGCAAAGGUCAACGAGGCAUAUGAUGCAAUGGUCAAGGGAACCGUUCGAUUCAGGGCUGUAAUCACAAUGGAGUGA